AUGGCUGAAACUAUGGUUACAAAUUCUUCAAGCUGGGCUGAAUUAACGGAAUCCAUGGAAAUAGACAGUGACUUGCCAAGUGAAUGUGGUGCUGUAGAAACUGCAGAAAAGAAACCAGAUAAGACUGAAAUAAAGCCAGUCAUCUGCAAACAGAUACCAGAUAAUGAUCUCAGAAAGAAGCUAAACAAAAAUAGAGGUUUGGAGAAUGAGGAUGAACUGCAAGCAACCACAUCAAAGAGUAAGAAUCGGGCCAGCUCAGUUGGUGGUAAAUAUACACGAGUAAGGCCUCCGAAUGAUCUCAGGAUGAAGUUAAAUAGAAACAGAGGAGAACCUGUCAGUGACACUUCUGAGCCACAGCAAGGGCGACAUUCUCCAUCGGACAGAUCCAAGUACACAGAGCGACAAGGUGGACUCAGCCCUCUGAGAAGUCCGAUUAACAGAAGCAAGCAAAAGACAAUCUUUGAUAUAGACAACAGUCGUAAUUUCAGAUUCACUAAAAAUCGUGUGGCGACUUCACAAGUAGCAUCAGCAUUAGAUGACGGUGAGAACAGAGGUGGUCAUAAAUGUAUGCGCUCACCACCCCGAAGCGAAAAACAUAAAUAUUUGGUGAAAUCCCAGGGUAUAGACACAACACCCAGUAGAGAAGAAUCUGGAUGCAAGACUUCCUUGUCGGACUGCAACAGAGAAACUCCAGGACAUAGUGUGACUCCAGAACAGAUUUCAAGGCAUUCAUGGUCUCGAAGAAAGUUACUUCUGCCUUCUGAAAAUAAUGGACCUGAGGACAGACCUGCUGAAAGAGUGCCAGAGGCUAAAGAAGAUGAUGAGCUAAAACUGGCAAGACGUGAGAAGGACAUUUUCUAUGGGAAAAACACAGAUGCUUAUCGGCUGUAUAUUGACGAAGUUCCUGUGAAAGAGCGAGUCUGGAAAGUACACCCAAGAACACCAGAUAAAUUCAGGAAGUGCAGUCGAAGGUCAUGGGAUACUCAGGUGAAAAUCUGGAAGCGGAGGCUUCAUGUUAUGGCUGCUGAGUUACAGAAGGACAGAGAUAUUAUCUGUGCAUGUCUUCGCCCUCAACAUUUGUCUUCAUGUGUGGUGUUUUCCUUUCUCUCUGUCUCUUCUAGAAGUGACAUUCUGCAGGAGACACAUCUGGAGGUGAAGGGUUCAUCCUCGGAAUCCAAAACAGACGACGAAGACUUCCUGGACAUUCUUGAUGACGACACUGUUGAACUCUUAGACAAUACACUACUGAUAAAAGAUGCUUGA